UUGAUGUGCGAGAUAUGCAACUCACGAAUAUAUCGACAUCACAUUUCUUUAUAGACUACUAUAAAAAUAUUACUAUUUCCCGCGUGUGUUGGUUUUUUGUUUACAUAUGUGUGAGAUGUGCUCGUGGCCAUUAUUCUGAUAGUCUAGUCUGUGCACCAAAAUGGGAGAUAAUGAUUCGAAUGAUAAGAAGAAUGCUAAUAGGCAUUCACUUAACGCUAUUAAAGGCGGUUUUGUGAAGGAUAUGGUGAAUCGGGGAUUCAGGAAGAAGAUUAAUGAUAGUGAUAAGAAUGAUGAUAGCAAAGAGGAUAAAGGUGGAGAAAAACCGAGUAACGUGUCGAAGGAUUCGUCGUCUAUGAAAGCUGGUAAUGUGGCUGCUUUGAGAGAUCAAUUCAAGCGUGCUGCUGAGAAAGAUGAAUCUAAAGACCAAAAUUCGCAAGCUGGGCAGAGCAGCUUAACCUCGAAGGCUCCUCUUGGUGAUCCGAGAACUGAUCAACGAGCACGAGCCAAAUUCCUCGCAGAGAAAUAUGAAAAAAUAUUGGCUGCCCGUAACAUGGUGGAAGAGUCCGCCAGUCGUGCAUUGCAGCGCCCAGCGACGAGUACACCAGCAAAGAUACCGGCCUCUGUAUCUGGUGUUUCGAAAGAACCUAAAGACACCAGCGAACAACCUAGGCCAUCGAAAGCUGAACCUCGACCUAGUACCACACCAUCUACCUCCUUAGGUCCACAAGAACCUAAAGACACCAGCGAACAACCUAGGCCAUCGAAAGCUGAACCUCGACCUAGUACCACACCAUCUACCUCCUUAGGUCCACAAGAACCUAAAGACACCAGCGAACAACCUAGGCCAUCGAAAGCUGAACCUCGACCUAGUACCACACCAUCUACCUCCUUAGGUCCACAAGAACCUAAAGACACCAGCGAACAACCCAGAUCAUCGAAAGCUGAGUCCAAAUUGAGUACUACACUAUCAAAAUUGAGAUUCUCUCGUGAAUCCCGAUCAGUGAUUAAAGGUACGGGCUCUUUUGGCGGUUCAUCUCAGGUAAGCUCCAAUGCUGGUCGUCGUGUUCAUACUUUGGCGGACACUGCUUCCACUGAUGACGCUAGUAUUAGACAGGCUAUGUCCCAAUCCUUUUCCAGCCCUGGUGUUAGUCAGCCAGAGCAACCCGAGCGUGCCUCGCGUGGCCGUAACAUGUUUGGUAUGCGUCGCCGUCCAUGUUGGAUUCGUAUUCAAGUGAAGGAGAAGAUAUUUCCCGGUAAGAUGAUAUUGGCAAUCAGUACUACAAUACUGAUAAUUGUUGUUUUUAUGUUUGAGUUAUUCAUCAACAGAGCUACCUUUAACGGUCGCUGUAUAGGUGAGGUGGAUUAUACUCACAGACAUGAGGGUAAAGCUAUCUUAUCAUACCUGGGUUAUGUUGGUUGUGAGAAUAACCUCAAAACAACUGCUGCCGAACGUGGAUUCCUUGGUGCUGGAGCGAGUGAUAAAGGCUAUCCAGUUGAUUAUGUGCAUAAAGGGAAUUUGGCAACUUCACUUGCUCCUCCUGACGGACCUAAUUACCGUAUAGGCACUAUUGUUGGCGCACUAUCGGCUAAUACAAUUCGUAUCUAUGGAGAGUCCUCUAGGUUGCUUACUUCCAUAUUCUUACAUGGAGGAAGGUGGCAUCUUCUUUGUAAUUGUUUGAUGAACAUGUUGCUUCUCUAUGUGAUUGAGCCGGACUGGGGAUUCAAACGCACAUUAGCGCUGUAUAUAUUCGGUGGUUACAGUGCCAAUCUGGUUCACGCCAGUAUGUCUCCUUGUAUCCCAUGCUGGGGAGCUUCUGGGUCACUGUUUAGUUUGUAUGGAGCAUUCAUUCCUUACACGGUAGAGCAUUGGGACAACCUGAGAUCACCAAUGGCUCUAAUUGUCAUAGCCAUAACAAUCUCUCUCCUGGAAAUAAUAUUACCGGGAGUAGGCGUUAGUAAUCAUGCCCACUUGGGUGGUUUUGCGUUUGGUUUGUGUUUCGGUUUCGCCACAUUGAAAUCAGUAUCUGCGUUUGACCGUGGUGCCUUGUGGUCACGUAUAGCACUUCGGUUUUCUAGUAGGCUUUCACCAGAGGCCGUGCAGAAACACCAAGCCAAGGUUGUGAAGAGUGCUCAGUCAGAGGAGAUUCUGCGUAUUAAAUAUGAGCAGGGUGCUAAGGAUAGUGCUAAUCGUCUUCGCUUUGUCAAGCGUAUGUUCGGUAUAUAUCCCUAUGGCCCAUACCGUAUGAGGCUGCGUGAUGUACUUACUCGCGUUGUAUUCCUUUGUGCCCUAAUCGCGAUGUUUGUAUUCUUCUAUUUGGCGACUUUCUAUGAAAGCGUCUAUAAGAAUAUAGAUAGGAAUGCAACGAUACUUUUCUCUCGUGCCUGCCAUUGCGGCUAUUUCAAAUCAUCUGGUGAUGAGUUGUUAUUAAAUCAAAUAGGCAACCUAGCUGGCAAAUUCUAUUGUUUCGAUUCAGAAAGCGCCAGGGAUAAGUUCUGUGCUGUUUCUGGUUGAACCGGUUAACAUUGUAUCACGUACAUGCUGAACUUUUCAUCAUU